CGGGAAGUGGUGGGUUGAUUCGCGACGACAUCGUGUACACCUCGACUAAGGCGGAGAUCUUACGUAUAUAAACUCGUCGGGGCGAAACGCGGGUUUAGAAGUCUCGUGCUGCUCCUCGAUUUACGAUUGGGAAGAGAGACGCUUCGAGGACUCUUCGCUAUUGACCAGCUGAUCGGUGAACAAAGAGAAGGGUGCUGCUGCUGCUUUGCCUCCGCGCACAUUUUCUUCACCCCUUUUCUUCGCGCUUCUCUAGCUUUCGAGGCUUCUGAUAAAACAGCGGAAGCUACUAUGAAGGCGACUCUCAUAUUGGUUUUGUUUGGGCUUGGUAUAUGCUUGGCUAAUCCUUUGGAAAAGAAGGAAAAAAUAAGUGUCGUCGAGCAACAGUCCGUGAAGCUAACAGAUCGAGCCAAGUACGAGGAAGAACUUCUUCGUAAACUCAACUCGAAAUGCUCCCAGAACGACAUCAGCAGUUGCGUGAUGUUAAAGUUGGUGACGUAUAUGAACAAGUUGCUGAAAAAGGCUUCGAUCGAGCUUACGGACGACAUUGAGAUUAGGAAGACGAGUCAAACGUCGGAAGAUGUGAUCACGUUCGAAGCCGGUAGAAGCAAGGACGAUGAAAUUCAAGUCCUUGAUCUCGUUGCGAAUAAAGUUUACGCCUUCAUCAAAUCGAGAAGUAUCAAGUGGAGAAUUCUACCCGAAGACGACAUCGUCGUAUCCGCGUCGGAAGAUGAGACCGGUUCGUUAAAUUUGGGUCUGUCUAUUGAGCGCGCCGACAAACCUGUCCAAGACGGUCGUGGGAAGAAAAACAAUAUGGGUCCACUGAUCGCCGCAGCCGUCUUGAAAAUUGGUCUCAUCGGCGGUCUCGCAUUCAAGGCUCUUGCCCUCUUGGUCGGCAAAGCUCUACUUUUGUCCAAGAUCGCGCUUCUGUUGGCCAGUAUCAUAGGUUUAAAGAAACUCUUCUCACAAGGAAAGCAUGUGACCUAUGAGGUGGUAGCGCACCAUGGCUCGAGUCAUUCACUUGACCAUGGUCAUGAUAGUUACUCCAGCGGUUGGGCAAGAAGUUUCCACGAUCAAACGCCAAUUCCUGGACAGCCAGAUGCCCACGAGCUGGCUUAUGCGGCGCACGUAAAGUGAUUAAUUCUUACCAUUGAAAGCAGGAUCCAAAAAUCGCCGUGAUCUUUCGAUAUUUGAGAAGAAAAGCGCGACGUCCUUGGAUCCCUACCAAACGUAUUCUUCAAUCAUCCUUAAAUUUAUUAGAUUUAUAGAUUCUACACAAUAUUUAUUACUUUCCAUAAUUAUUUAUUUUUACUUUAUCCCGUUUCUUCUCAUUUCUCUUAUCGUCAACAUUGUGAUUCUCUUUAACUCUCUCUCUCUCUUUUUCUCUUUCUCUCUUUAAUACUAUUAUACUGAAAUUUCCGAACAACUGCACGACGCGACGCAUCGAUACGUCAAUGACACACAGCGACGAACGUCAUUUUUGACAACGGUGACAGAAUGUCAUAUCAUUACGGAUAGGUGGGUAGGUUCUUGGAUGCGUACGCAUGGAGGACACGCAUCACAAGAAUCUUACCUACUUUCGCGACUCUAUGUGUGAAUAUAAUCGCGAAUCCUGCGAGACUCUCGUCAUUACAUUAAAUUAUGCACGAGCGUUAUAUUCUUCACGCUUCUCACAUUACAGUAUUUAGAUCUGUGAUAUUUCAAGAGCUUAGGAUUACGUUCAUAACAUACAUUAAACGUUAAACGUGAUUACUCUACUUUUGGUUUGUAUUUUCGCAGCACACUUGGCGCUAAAUAUGACUCAUUUUAUGCUGAAUAGAAUCUUUAUUCUAAAUACAUCAAAUUUAGUGCCAAAGGAUAUAUUAUGACUUUACUUGAAUGUGCGGUUAAGUGAGAAAAUGUGAGAUUGCGUUCAGCAGAAAAAACAGCGUUGUUACUGUUGUAAGAUUCUUCAAUACGAUUUGUUUUUAGUCUUAAUCAGAUCUGAAUGUAUAAUCACGUUAAAGAAUCUUCAAACAAUCGAAAAGCUACUUUUCUGCUGAACGCAACCAAUGUGCACAAAUUCUUUACUUUUUAUUAUUUAUAUUGUUUAUUAUUUAUUUAUAUUUAUAAAAUUAUUUAGAAAAAGAAUUUCAUAUUUAUUAAAACUAAUCACUUUUAACGUUAAAUAUCAUUUGAAAUCAGGGCAAAAGAUAUCAUAAAGUGAGAUAAAAAUCAAAAGAUUACUUUUACAAGGUAUUAAAUUUUACUUAUUUCAAGCGAUUAUUAUAGAAUAUGAUAUCAAAAGCUCAAAAAGUUUCUAAGCUCUUUUCAUCAGCUUUCCGAAUACUUUUGUAUCAUUUUAAAUGAAUCGUGAAGGGAGAGAAGUAUAUAUGUGAUAAAAUUCUCUCUAUUUUUGUAAAUAAUUAGUAAAUAGUAAAACAAUUGCACUAAUGCUGUGUAAUUAAUUUGGCGAUUAUUCCGCGCGUUUGUGCUUUAAAUUGGAAUAUAUUAUUUUUAAUGGAGAGUCUUGUAGAGUGAUUUUUACAUGACGCAACGGACGGACAUUUAUACAUACAUAUAUACAUAUAUAUAUAUAUAUAUAUAUAUAUAUAGAAGUUUAUAGAAAUAUUUUUUUUAAAAAAGAAGAACAUUUUGAACGGAUAAUGACGAAAAAUCACAACUAGCUACCCCAAGCGAAUGUAUAUUUUAUUUAUAUUAAUAAUUAAUCUUAUAUCAAUAUUUAUUUAAUUUAUGAUUGUCUGAUUAACGAGACUGCGAAAUGUAUAAUAUUUUUUAUAUUAUUUUUAUAUGAACAAAUAAAUUAUUUAUUAUUUUUAUAGUA